UCUCUUCCCUUCUUCAUGUGACAUUUUCCAUUUCCACUCCUCCAUGCAUCACUACUCAGCUGUCGUCUCCAGCGAACUUAACCAUCUACCUACCGUACCUCUCCAAGUUCUUCUUGACAACAUCACAAAAUUCCUUUCUCUCCUUCUACUCUCUUCACUCACCGUCUCUUCCUUCAUCGAAAAGUGGCAAUCCUCCUUGUCUGAAUCUUCUCACUGGUCUGAAAAUCUUCUCCUCCACACUCUUCUCCCUUCUCUUCUCUCUAAUCUUCAACGCCUUAACUCUCUCACUCAAUGCUCCUCCCCUUCUUUCUCCGGCGGCAAACUCAUGAUGCAAAGAGACCUCGACAUGGCUUCCUCCUUUCUCUCAACUCACAUCAGUGACCUCGACCUUCUCCUCAGAUCUGGUGUUUUUCACCAAAAUACCAUUGUUUUAUCCCUCCCUAAUCCUACCUCAGACAAAGACAACAUUGCUUUUUUCAUCAGAGAUCUCUUCACUCGAAUCCAAAUUGGCGGCACUGAAUUUAAGAAGACGCUUGAUUAUCUCCUUCGGCUCUUCACUGAAAGAGCGAAAUCCACAAAAAUCAUAGCUACAGAAGGUAAUGUUAGUUAUUUAUUAACUCUCCUCAAUUUCAAUCACUAUCCUCUUAUUCACGAUGUCAUUUCCGUUGUCUCAUUAGUCACUUCUUCAAACGUUGCAUCGAGAAAUACUAUUUUUGAAAAAGGCGGAUUAGGUCCUCUGUUACGACUAUUCGAAACCGGAUCUCUGACUCUAAAAACCAGAGCCAUGGUGGCGAUUGAAGCCACCACUGCCGAUUCAGAAACCUUGUGGAAAAACUCAGCUUACGGAGUAAACACUGUUCUAAUCGAAACUUGCAGAUAAGGAUCUCUAGAAGUACAAGAGCACAUCGCCGGUACUAUAACCAACAUUGCCGCCAUGGAUGAUAUCAGAAUGAUGCCCACAUAGGAAGGAGCUUUAUCGGUUCUUCUCCCAUUCUUAAUAUCCGGUUCAACGUUGUUACAAAAAAAGGCGGCAUACUUCAUCUAUGUAUUCUCAUCUUCCGGUGAGUCUUUCAGAGAUUAGAUUUUCGGAGAGAGAGAAUUGCAGAUUCUGAUUCAUUUAGUUUAUGAUUUGUCAAAUCCUGAUAUGAUUGAGCAUGUCUUGCUUGCGCUCACUCAGUUAUCUACCAUGGAUUCAAUUGCUAUGAUUUUGUUAUCAUCUAUGAUGAUUAUCAGAUUAGGGGAACUAGUCAAGCAUGGAAACGUAGUCCUGCAAUAGAUUUCAUCAUCUAUGUUGUCAAAAUUAACAAUUAGUAGGGGUAACAAACGAGCGAUCUCUGAUUGUUUACGUUUGUUGGUAAGGUUAAUGGAGUCGCCAAAAUCGGCGGGGUUACAAGAGGUGGCGACGGAAGCGCCGAAGUCGUUGCUAACCGUUAGGUUAAACCAGAAGCUGAUAAGAGAUGGGAAGAGCGUGAUUUGA